AUGGAUUUACCUUCAGACCCCAUUCCAAAAGGUUUUGAUGCUGCAAAUGCUCCUAAUUUACCUGAAAUUGAAAAACAAUUCGCAGUGAAAUGUAUUGAACAAGCUGAAACCUACUGGAACCUUUUAGGUGCAAUUGAACCGAAAUCCAUGAAAUUAACAAAGUAUGAUGAUACACUCAUGGAAGAAUUCAAAGAACAUUUUCCAGAUCUAUAUGAAAACAAAGAUAAUCGACUCCAGAAAUUAGACGAAAAUGAAAUCAAAAGUCCAGCAAGUAAAGAAAUUUGGAGAAAAUAUAUCGCUAAAUUUGAAAAAUUAGUGGUCGAUUAUAAUUUCGGAACUCUUAUUAGGAGUAAUUCAACUGAAGAUUAUACAGAAAGUAAUACGAUCUUUAUUACUCGAAUUCAAUUCUAUGCGAUUGAGAUUUGUCGUAAUCGAUUAGGUUUGAAUGACAAUGCUCAUUUACUUGCUAAAAAAGAAUGGGAAGAGAAAAAAGCCAAGAAAGCUUCAAAAUGA